AUGGGCUCCAAUGGCCUCAUGAAGGCCUCACUCACCUUCGGCCUUCCUCAAUUACCCCACGCAAAUCAUGUUCAAGUCAACCAAGGCAAAGCUCGUGCAUAUAAAAGCCUUCAGGAUAGCUCGUAUUGGGCUAAGGUGCUUUACUGCUUUGUUGAUCAUUUCGUGGCAGGGAGACACGCUAUCUACUCUCAGGAAGUGCUGAUGGUUCUACCAUGGCUUGGAAUAUUUGGUUCUGGCAAAGGAGAGGCCUUAGCUAAGGAAUAA